AUGGAUAAGGAAUGGAUCCAUCUUCCUUCAAGGCUUGUACCCGAGUAUGAAGAAGGGGUUCAAAAAUUUCUUACACAAGCUAGGAACUAUGCCAAAACACGUGAAGUAAUCUUAUGUCCUUGCAAACAUUGCAAAAAUAAGAAGUAUAUGAAAUUUGACCAAGUGUACGAUCACUUAAUUAUUAACGGGUUCAAUCCUUCUUACACAAUUUGGGUCUUCCAUGGUGAAACUUAUACUCCAAAUUUUCAAGGUCAAAGUAGUUCAAGAGGAAUUCAGGAAGAGGAGGAUGAAACUAGAGAGGCAUAUAACUUAUAUAAAGAUGUCUUUGCCUCUGAUGAAAGGGUUGGCCACACUAUGUCUGAGGCAAGAGAUUAUGAAUUUGCUGAUUUAUUAGUAGAUGCAGAAACUCCUCUUUUCCCUGGACGUACAACUUACACGAAGUUGUCAGCAAUCGUUACAUUAUACAAUUAUAAGUCUACAAAUGGUCACACUGACAAUAGUUUCAAUGAGCUUCUUAAGAUCUUAGGAUAUGAGAAGAUUCAUGCAUGCCCAAAUGACUGUUGUCUAUUUAGAAAUGAGCUUAAAGAUUUGGACUCAUGUCCAAAGUGUGGUUCUUCAAGAUGGAAGGUAGACAAAGUCACCACCAAAGUUUGUAAAGGAGUUCCUGAAAAGGUGCUACGGUAUUUUCCUGUGAUACCAAGAUUGAAAAGGAUGUUUAAAUCAGAACAAAAGGCUGAAGACUUGAUUUGGCAUUCCAACCAUAAAAGUCAUGAUCAUAUGAUGCGUCAUCCAGUUGAUUCAAUAGCUUGGGAUACGAUAAAUCAUAAGUGGCCAGCUUUUGCAUCAGAUCCUAGAAAUCUCCGGCUUGGUCUUGCAACAGAUGGAUUCAACCCUUUUGGUGAUCUUAGUUCUAGAUAUAGUUGUUGGCCAGUUAUUUUGGUAAAUUACAACCUUCCUCCGUUGAUGUGCAUGGCGAAGGAAAAUCUUAUGUUGACAUUAUUGAUUCCAGGCCCGAAGCAACCAGGAAAUGAUAUAGAUGUAUACUUGGAACCCCUAGUGGAGGAUUUGAAGGAGUUAUGGGACAUUGGUGUGGAGACGUAUGAUGCAUUUAGCAAGUCAGUGUUCAAUAUGAAGGCUAUUUUGAUGUGGACAAUCAAUGAUUUUCCAGCUUAUGGAAACUUAGCUGGAUGUGCCACAAAAGGGAAAUUUGGUUGCCCAAUAUGUGGUGAAGGCAUAUCUUCUAUGUGGCUUAAGUAUAGUAGAAAGUUUGCAUAUUUAGGGCAUAGGAGAUUUCUUGCUCCUAAUCAUCCAUUCCGUCAGAAGAAGAAGUGGUUUGAUGGGAAUAAAGAGACAAAAGGAAAACCUAGGCCUCUGAAUGGAUUAGAAAUUCUUAAUGUAUUGAAAGACAUUGAAAAUGACUGGGGUAAAAAGAAAAUGGGUAAAGAUAUCAAUAAUACAAAGAAAAAGAGGAAGGAGCGUGAUGGUUCAAAAAAAGUUCAAAAACCAGUUCAAAUGUGGAAGAAGAAGUCAAUAUUUUUCAAUUUGCCAUACUGGAGUGGGCUCCUGCUACGUCAUAACUUAGAUGUUAUGCAUGUUGAAAAGAAUGUUUGCGAGAAUAUCAUAGGUACAAUGUUAAACUUAAAGAAAAAAUCAAAAGAUGGUGUUAACGCUCGCAAAGAUUUGAGGCACUUAAAUAUUAGAAAAGAAUUACAUCCUCAAGAAAAAGGAGAAAACAUGUAUCACUUGCCGGCUGCACCUUACACAUUGUCUAAAAAAGAAAUGGACGUAUUUUGUUCUAGGUUAAAGAAAAUAAAGUUACCUGAUGGUUAUAGCUCAAAUAUUGGUAACUGUGUUUCUUUAGAAGAACGAAAGCUUAUUGGGUUGAAAUCUCAUGAUUGUUAUGUUCUUAUGCAACAAUUGCUUUCAGUAGCAUUGAGAAGUCUUUUACCAAAAGGUCCACGUAAUGCUAUAUUUUUGCUUUGUGCAUUUUACAAUGAGUUAUGUCAAAGAGUGUUAGAUAGGAACCGUCUAGAACAACUCGAAGAGAAUAUUGCUGAAACUUUAUGCAUGUUGAAGAGGCUAUGUGAAGAACCGAGCAAGGCAGAGGGUUGCAUAGCUGAGUGUUACCUUGCAGAAGAACGAAUGCGAUUUUGUAGUGCUUAUAUAAAAAAAGCUGCUUGUAUUGGUCUCCGAUCUAAUCGGAAUGACGAUUUGGAAAAUGGAGUAGUGGAAGGUCGCCCCAUUUCUCAAGGAAAAGAAAUUAUUUUAGAAGAACAUUUGUUACAAGCAGCACAUCGAUAUGUGUUGUUCAAUACUGCAGAAAUUGAUCCUUACAUACAGAUGCACAUUGAGGAGCUUAAACAAACAGAUCGUCGUUUCUCAAGUAAUGAAACACUGUUACAAAAACGACAUAUGGAAACAUUUGCUCAAUGGUUAUCAAAACAUGUUCUUGAUAACUCUUCAGAUCGGAUUCAAUGGCUAGCACAUGGUCCAAGAAAGCAUGUUAUAUCAUAUACAGGUUAUAUUAUAAAUGGACAUCGGUUCCACACAAUUGAUGUUGGAAGGUCGACACAAGAUAGUGGUGUUUCAGUUGAAGCUGAUACUAUUUGGCAAUCUAGUUCUACUGAUUCACAUACAGUAGGAAGACUAUCGUACUAUGGGGUUAUACGAGAUAUUGUGUUACUAGACUAUUAUUUUUUCAAAGUACUUGUUUUUAGGUGUGAUUGGGCUAAUCCUGGAACUGGUAUCAAAAUGGAUGAUGGUUUUACACUUGUCAACUUACACCAAGGACUAAGGACUUUUGAAAAUGAUCCUUUCAUUUUAGCAUCACAAGCAAAGCAAGUUUUCUAUUCUAGGGAAAAUGAUGAAUCAAAUUGGUAUGUGUUGCUAAAAGCGCCACCUCGAAGUAUUCAUAACAUGGAUUUGCUUGAAGAGGAUGCAUAUACAUCAUCAAAACCUCUUGAUGUGUCCAGACUUGAGAUUAACAUUACUGAGAAAGAACCAUAUUCCAGAAAUGAGUGUGAGGGAAUUGAUGUUAUUGAUAUCCCAUGA